AUGGCUGAAUCAUACUCUGACGUCUCCACGAUAGAAGAAACUGAAAAGGUGGAGCCAUGUAUAAUCACAAACACCGUCUAUCCGCCAAGGGCUGUCCGAAAGUAUCACGUCGUUUCUCCACAGUCUGCUACCGCUCCAUCCAUAAUUCAUCAUCUCAACCUUCUCUGGCACGUCGAAGACGAUACAUGUUGGGAUAGCUCGUCGAACGCAGUGUUUCACGCGGCCACGCUUACGUGCAUCAUAAAAAGGCUACAUCAGUUAAAACGCAAGCAGGCCAACGCAUCUUGGUCUUCCGUCUUUCCGAUACGAAAAUCGUAUACGUACACGUUCGUUCCGUUUGCGCUUGAGCACACCGUCAUCCAUCGAGAAAAGGACGAUGGACCGCUAUCGCCGUCAGUUGCACAUCACCCACCAUACGACAAUUUCCCGGCGUUGCAGCACGCCUGCCAUCCUUACUUCGUGAUAUAUUCUGCAAUCCAGGCAUAUGAUGCUCAAGAAGACCUAUCGGACCAACAACUGCAGAGAUACGCUACUCUGCGGUUAGUGUACUCCCUUUGGGAAGAUCUGAAGGGCUUUACGGUAGACGACGAUGCGCUUCCUCCUCUCGCGGAAAAUAUUGCUCUCCCUGUCGCGCAGUCGCCGACUGCCGUGUCUACUGCCGGCCCUGCAGGGGACAAGCCUCCGAGCCGAAUGUCGACUGGGUCGACUGAGAGUAUACCUCGAGCCGACACGCCCCAACUCCCACAAUAUAGACCAUUCAGGGAUCAUGGCAAUGAAGAUCCAUGCGAGGCCUCUUGGACUUACUACUGCCUCAGUCACAUACCUGAAUAUCGUCAUAAGUCCCUGGAGGAAUGGAGGGUCGAGGCCUAUAAUAUCGGAUGCAAGCCUCUCCUUGUCAAUGUUAGACCCAUGCCGCCGUUCGUCGCGUUGGAUCCAAAAGGCACGCCUCCACCUCCGGUGUCCAAUCUUCACUGCCAAAAUCAGAGGCAACACUCUCAGGUGGCUUAUGCGACUCAUCCAGCUCCAGCUAACCACAGAUACUACCGCUAAACGAGCAUCUC